UAAAGAAGAAAACCACUACAUUGCAAAACCAAUGGAUCAAUGAGCAAAUGAACGUUUCAUUACCACCCCUGACUAGCUAAUUUCACUUGGUUCCUUAGUUUGUGCUAAUAAAUACCCCCGGAAUAGCUAUUGUACCAUACACAGUCACCAUGAAGUUGAGUUGCAAUGGGUGUCGCAUUCUCCGCAAAGGUUGUGGUGAGGAUUGUGCCAUAAGGCCAUGCCUCGAGUGGAUCAACACUCCUCAGGCCCAAGCCAACGCUACCCUCUUCCUUGCCAAAUUCUAUGGUCGUGCUGGCUUGGUCAACCUCAUCGAUUCUGCCCCACAACACAAUGGACCUGCUGUAUUCAAGUCACUAUUGUAUGAGGCAUGUGGGAGAAUUGCGAAUCCGACAUUUGGGUCAGUGGGCUUGUUUUGGACCGGUGAGUGGGCCCAAUGCCAAGCUGCCGUUGAUGCUGUGCUAGCUGGGUCCCAGAUCAAGGUCGUGGGAGCUUCCGAUUCGCAGGGGAUUGCGACACAUGGCGACGAGCAUGUUGCCCAAAUCCUUGGCAUUCGCCACGUGUCCAAAGAUGCUGAAAUGGACCAUGUGAAAGGAAGAGCCAAGAAGAUCAAGAGAUCUAGGACAGUGAUCAAGCCAAAGCCACAAGUGAGUUCAAUUGACUCGGCUGCGAUGUUGAAGCUGACUUGGAGCCGUGAGCCAGGAGGGUCCGAGGGUGAUAGUGAGGAAACUGUGGAAGCUAUGUUGGUGAGCCAAAACAAGCCGAGUCGUAAUGGUGGAGUUGAGAUGGAUUUGGAUCUCACUCUCGGCUAGGCUUCUACUGUUAGUGAAGUGUUGCUACCAAAUCAAUUUAGUAAUAGAAAAUAGCGUUGUUUUUAAUAUUUUGUUUUAUAUUUUACUCAAAAAGUAUUUUGUUUUAUUCGGCAUUUGUAUGUUUUUCUUCCGUGAAACAGGAUCAUUGGGCAUAGCCAAAUGUAAAUGUUGUUGGGGAUUUAAGGUAGUGUAUGUUGUUGUUUGGAGCAUAAACUCA